CACGCAUCUUCGCGUGAAGUGAGCGAGCGGGAAUAGAAUACAUUUGUAUUAGGUCAAGUGUUAUGAGAACAAGAAGGCUUGAAAAGCCUUGAAUAUUCAACAUGUUAGCUCGAAGGUUAUCGAGAAUUUCACUGACGACCUUAGCCAACCGAAGUACAGUGGUUAUUCGCUGCUCUAGUACGAUUGCUGCUCCAGAUUCUGGCCCAAAAAAUGGGAUUGAGGAACGAAGACCUCUGUACCUAGAUCAGCUGGCUACAACACCAAUGGACCCUCGUGUCAUUGAUGCAAUGAUGCCAUACACAGUGUCUUUUUAUGGCAAUCCUCAUUCUCGGACACACGCUUAUGGAUGGGAAAGUGAACAUGCUGUGGAAGAUGCAAGAAAGCAAGUUGCAGAUUUGUUAGGAGCUGAUCCAAAAGAAAUAGUCUUCACAAGUGGAGCAACUGAAUCCAAUAAUAUAGCUAUUAAGGGAGUUGGGAGGUUUUACAAGAAGAAAAAGAAACAUCUAAUAACAACACAGACAGACCAUAAGUGUGUUCUGGAUUCCUGCCGCAGUCUUGAAGGGGAAGGCCUUGAAGUCACAUAUCUGAGGGUUAACAAAAAUGGGCUCAUAGACUUAGGGGAACUUGAGAAAUCUAUCCGUCCAGACACUUCUCUUGUGUCUGUCAUGACAAUCAAUAAUGAAAUUGGCGUCAUACAACCAAUAAAGGAAAUAGGUGAGAUAUGUCGGAAGAACAAAGUAUUUUUCCAUACAGAUGCUGCACAGGCUGUUGGCAAGAUUCCUCUUGAUGUUAAUGACAUGAAGAUUGACUUAUUGUCUGUCAGUGGACACAAGAUUUAUGGCCCUAAAGGUAUUGGUGCUCUGUAUGUCAGACGUAGACCACGUGUCCGUGUAGAACCCAUUCAAAGUGGAGGGGGACAAGAAAGAGGAAUGAGAAGUGGUACUCUACCUCAUACACUGUGUGUUGGCCUGGGUGCUGCAUGUGAAUUAGCUCAGAAGGAAAUGGAGUAUGACCACAAGCGCAUCACUGCCCUGGGACAGCAUCUAAUUGAUGGCAUAACUUCAAGGUUAAAUCAUGUGAUCAUAAAUGGUGACCCAGAGCAUACAUACAUGGGUUGUGUUAACCUGUCAUUUGCUUGUGUUGAGGGGGAAAGCUUGUUGAUGGCCUUGAAGGAUAUUGCUCUCUCCUCAGGAAGUGCCUGCACAUCAGCUUCUCUAGAACCAUCUUAUGUCUUGAGAGCAAUUGGAGCUGAUGAAGAUCUUGCUCAUUCAUCCAUAAGGUUUGGAAUUGGGCGAUUUACAACCUUGGAAGAAGUUGAUUACACGAUUGAAAAAAUUGUCUACCAUGUACAGCGAUUAAGGGAAAUGAGCCCUCUAUGGGAUAUGGUUCAAGAGGGAAUAGACCUCAAGUCUAUCCAGUGGACCCAGCACUAAGCCGUUAUUUAUUGGGUCAGUAACCAAAUAUCAAUAAGCAGUGUAGUAUAUAAUACAUAAGUUGUUUAACACGACAGAGAAAAUUCCUUAUGUUUUUCGAUAAACAUAAUUCAAAAUGCGUAGACCCGCGAACAGAUAAGGAAGGUGACCGUUUCUUUUGUAUGUUCGCAACACCUUCGCUUUGUCUCGUUUUGCUCAGGGUUUUUUUUCGUUUGUUUGUUUGUUUUGUUUCGUCAUAUUUUUUGUUUUUGUUUUUGUUUUUUUCGCUUUGAGUAUUGUCUCGUUUGAUUUUGAGUAUGUGUUUAUUUGUUUGAUCGCGUUUUUUUGUUCAUUUUUAAUGUUUACCAAUAAGGGCUUUGUUCUUUUUUAAAGUAUACUUUUAAGAAGGAUGUAAGCAAUGCUAAAUAGUUGCAACAUGCAGAUGAUAAUCGCUGCGCGUCGUAGCUUCUCGUAUGGACAAGCCUACAAUUGUUUGUUAAUACCACCAUAAGUUUGUUUUAAACAAAGUCUACUGCUGAUCCUAGUACACUUUAUUAUAUAAACUAUAAAAUGUAAUUUUAUGAAAUUAGCACCAUAGAUAUAAAGCUUUUUAAAAUCUUGAUCUUCUACUAAAGCACUUUGAAAGAAGCGCUUAAUGCUUAAAGUUGGUUUUAAACAACGUCUACUUCUGGGGCUGAUCCUGAUACACUUUAUUUUAGUAUUAUACUAUGUAAUGUUAUGAUGUAAGAACCCUAAAUAUAAAGCUUUUAAAUAUC